AUGAAGCUGUCUCUCCUCGCUGCUGCGGCCAUCGCGCCCAUGGUCUCGGCCCAUUACUUCUUCGAUACUCUCGUUAUCGACGGCCAGGAGACCACUCCUAACCAGUACGUUCGUUCCAACACGCGGCCCGAGAAGUACAACCCGACCAAAUGGGUCAACACCCGCGACGACAUGACCCCGGAUAUGCCCGACUUCCGCUGCAACAAGGGCUCCUUCACAUUUGCCGGCCAGACGGAUACUGCGGAGGUCAAGGCUGGGUCCAAGCUGGCUAUGAAGCUGGGCGUCGGUGCGACCAUGCAGCACCCCGGCCCGGGCCUGGUGUACAUGUCCAAGGCCCCCGGUGCGGCCAACCAGUACGAGGGCGAUGGUGACUGGUUCAAAAUCCACGAGGAGGGCAUCUGCGACACCAGCAAGGACAUCAAGACCGAUGCCUGGUGCACUUGGGACAAGGACCGCAUUGAGUUCACCAUUCCUGCUGACCUCCCGGACGGAGAGUAUCUGAUCCGGUCGGAGCAUAUCGGCGUCCAUGGAGCACAUGAUGGACAGGCUGAAUUCUACUACGAAUGCGCCCAGGUCAAGGUCACCGGUGGUGGCAAUGGAAACCCGCAGGAUACCAUCAAGUUCCCAGGCGGCUACCAGAAAGACGACCCCUCGUUCAACUUCAGCGUCUGGGGCGGCAUGAAGGACUACCCUAUGCCCGGCCCGGCCGUCUAUACUGGUGGUUCUGGCUCUAGCACUGGUUCCUACAAUGAAAGCAACGCGGAAGACUCCAAUGAGUACCCCUACCAGAAGGAGUCCGGCACUUGCCAGAGCAACUUCUACCGCCGCGAGCACGCUCGUGACUUCAGCCACAGACGCGCUUAG